AGAUUGAGAGAGAGAUUUUAGAGAGAUUUAGAGAGAUUCAACUUUUGCUAUAUAAAUCCAUACCCAUUGAAACAUAAACACAAGAGCCAAAACUUCAAUCUAUUCUUUCCUCCAAUGGCUUCCAUCACCUCCUUCUUCUUCUUCUUCUUCCUCCUUCUCCUCACUCUCUCCUCCACCAUCCAUGCAAGAGAAAGCCAAUUCUUCGCCAAAAUCUCUAACAACAUCCCAAAAGAAGUACAACCCUUAAACACCAAUCAACAAGAUCCCAAUUUCAUCCCACAAACCCAACCAGACGGCGGCGCUUACGGCCUCUACGGCCAUGAAUCAGGCCAAUUGCCACCUUCUGCCACCGCCAACAACUUCCCCCUCCCCGCCAACCUUCCGGAAAACUACAACCCGGUGGCUUACACCACCCCUAUUCACAGCAGCACCCAAGACUUCCCUGACGAAUUCAACGGCCAGGUCACCGGUGAAACCGGAAUGUACAACUCUGAGAAGCAAGAAAUGGGUGCAAAGUUUGCAAGUGGUGGCGAUAUGUACAACUCCGGGAAUCAAGAAAUGGAUACAAACGGUGGCAAUAUGUACAACUCUGGGAAUCAAGAAAUGGGUACAAAUGGUGGCAAUAUGUACAACUCUGGGAAGCAAGAGAUGGGUUCAAAGUUUGCUAAUGGUGGCGAUAUGUACAACUAUGGGAAGCAAGAGAUGGGUACAAAUGGUGGCAAUAUGUACAACUAUCAGAAGCAGGGGAUGAGUGACACUAGGUUUAUGGAGAAUGGAAAGUACUACUAUGCCCCCGGCGGCGAUGGGUACAAGUCAGUGAAGCCUCAGUUUGAUGAUACUAGGUUUGUGGAGACGGAAGACGGCGGCAAUAUGUACAACUCCCAGGAGCAGGGAAGUGAGGAUAUGUACAACUCGGAGAAGCAAGGGUUUGGUGAGACAAAGUAUAGUGGAAGUACAACUAACAAUGCUAAUACGUACAACAUGGAGAAGCAAGGGAUGAGUGAUACAAGGUUCUUGGAGAAUGGAAAGUACUAUUAUGACCUCAAUCUUGAGAAGAACUCAAGAGCAUUUGACUCAAGAAAUGGGUACAACACAAAUGGGUAUAAUGGGAACAAUUAUAAUUCGUAUGAUAGGUACAAGUACAAUUCCAAUUCCAAUUCCAAUGGUGGAUAUCAAAACCAAGAGGAGUUCCAAUACAACCAAGACAAUCAAUUCAAUCCUUGAGGGGUAUUUUUGUCUUUUUCACUCUAGAUUUUAAAGGACAAUUAUGUGCAUGAAGAUAUGGUGUUUUAAGAUGAUAUUUAUGGUUUUUUUUUUUUUUAUUUGGUGUUAUAAGUCCUAAUCUUGUCAUGUUUUAUUAGGAAAAACCAAAUUAUAAAGUCAAAUCAAUGUGUGUUGUUUUA